AUGGCGGACCCUAACAAUGUGGCGCAAUACAAAUACUCGGCGAUGAGUAACCUGGUGCUCCAGGCCGAUCGCCGAUUCAUCACACGCCCAGGAGACGAAGCGACUGGCGACCCAGAGUCUCUCGCCGGAAGGAUAAAUAUACGAGAUAUGGGGGCGCGAGUUGCCCACGAUGAAGCACCCAAGGCUAAGAAAGGAUUAGCUGCUCAGGUCGAUAUUGAGAGAGGUAGCAUUCGUGAAGGUGCCGACGUAUUAGACCGCGAGCAGCGAAAGCGCAAACGCGGAGAACAAGAUCAACUUCGUGGAGCUGGCAUUCUUUCGGCUGCAGAUAUGUUGAUCGAAGGCUUAAAAUAUCGCCCUAGAACUCCUGCUACGAGGGCAACCUACGACCUGAUCCUUACCACGACCGCCAACCACCUUGGCGAUGUUCCUCACGAGGUCGUUCGAAGCGCAGCCGACGCGAUUCUCGAGACUCUCAAAGACGAGAACAUGAAGGAUUUCGAUAAGAAAAAAGAAAUUGACGAUCUACUUGGCUCAACUAUGAACCCCAAGGAAUUCAACGAGUUAGUCAACCUCGGCAAGAAAAUCACAGAUUACGACGCACAGGACGAGGACGAAAACAUGGAAGACGGACUUGACGGCGCAAAUGAAGCGGAGCUUGACGAAAGACAAGGUGUUGCAGUUGUCUUUGACGAGUCCGACGAGGAUGAAGAGGGCCUACGAGGAAUGGAGGAGAUUCGUGACGAGGACGAGUCCGAUGAAGAGGCUUCAGACAUCGAAGAUCGACCAGAACCUGAUGAUGCCGCCCAAGCAGAUCUCGACGGAGACGAAGAGAUGAUUUUGGAUGGUGGUGGAAUGGCCGACGCCAAAAUGUCGGCUGCACAAAAGCAAAUUAUACCGGCCCGCGAAAUCGAUGCAUACUGGUUACAACGCCAGAUCGGUACCAUUUUCCCCGAUGAGCACGAGGCAACUGCAUCCGCUCGUUCCGCCUUGGAAAUUUUGAGCGGCAAAGAUGCUGACGGUAACGAACGUCAACUUCGUGACAUUGAGAAUGAUUUGAUGGAACUGUUUGAUUACGAGCAUCCCGAACUGGUGGCAAAAUUUGUCAAGAACAAGGAUAGAAUUGUCUGGGUAACCAAAUGGAGACGGCUAGCAGAAAAUGACGAUGCUCGCCUUCUGGUUGAAAAUGAGAUGGUCGAAGCUGGUCAUCGAGAUAUUCUAGACGAGAUCCAUGGACGUGCUGAAGAAGCUCAGCGUCCUGGAAAGAAGAUCAAAAUGGACCUUAUGGAUGUUGAUGUCCCAGCGACUACCAGCCAGACCAAGGUUGAGGAAGGAAAGCCUUCCUUGAGCAGUCUCCUCCCCACGCGUUUAGUCAAUCUUGAAUCAUUGAAGUUCGACCAAGGAAACCAUCUCAUGACGAACCCUAACGUGAGGUUGCCGCAAGGAUCGACCAAACGUACAUUCAAGGGCUAUGAAGAGAUCCAUGUACCUCCGCCAAAGCCAAGGCGUGACCCCGGUGAAAAGAAUAUACCCACAAGCGAGCUACCUGACUGGGCCCGUGUAGGCUUCGGAUCGUCGAAAGAGCUUAACAGGAUACAGACUAAAUGCUACCCCACGGCCUUCCAUGACGAUGGUAAUAUGCUCGUUUGUGCUCCAACAGGCUCUGGAAAGACUAAUGUGGCCAUGCUCACAAUGCUUCGUGAGAUUGGCAAGAACCGAAACCCAAACACUGGUGAGAUCAUGCUCGAUGAUUUCAAAAUCGUGUACAUCGCUCCUCUUAAAGCUUUGGUUCAAGAACAGGUUGGAAACUUCGGCAAACGCCUGCAGCCAUACGGUAUCCGUGUUAGCGAAUUGACUGGUGAUCGUCAACUCACCAAGCAGCAAAUUGCUGAUACUCAAAUCAUUGUCACGACCCCAGAAAAGUGGGAUGUCAUCACUCGCAAAGCGACAGAUUCAAGCUACACUAAACUUGUGCGCCUCCUCAUUAUUGACGAGAUUCAUUUGCUCCACGAUGAUCGAGGUCCUGUAUUGGAAGCCAUAGUCAGUCGAACACUUCGUCAGAAUGAGACCUCUGAUGAGCCUACCAGAAUUGUCGGACUCUCAGCUACACUUCCGAACUAUCGUGAUGUCGCUAGUUUCUUGCGUGUUGAUGCUACCAAGGGUCUUUUCCAUUUCGAUGGCUCAUAUCGUCCUUGCCCAUUGCGUCAAGAAUUUAUUGGCGUUACGGAUAAGAAGGCGAUUAAACAGCUCAAGACUAUGAACGAUGUUUGCUACAAUAAAGUCCUGGAAAACACCGCUAAAGGUCAUCAGAUGCUUAUUUUUGUCCACUCACGAAAGGAGACCGCCAAGACGGCCAGAUAUAUUCGGGACAAAGCUGUCGAGAUGGAGACGAUCGGCCAAAUUCUGCGAAGUGAUGCGGCUAGUAGAGCUAUUCUAGCAGAAGAAGCCGAGAAUGUAGACGACGCCGCGCUCAAAGACAUAAUGCCGUAUGGUUUCGGUAUCCAUCACGCUGGUCUGUCGCUGGAAGACAGAGACUCGGUGGCCAGUUUGUUUGCCGAUGGCAGUAUCCAAGUGCUUGUUUGUACAGCAACUCUAGCCUGGGGUGUAAACUUACCUGCUCACACUGUCUUGAUCAAAGGCACCCAAGUUUACUCACCUGAACAUGGUUCUUUCGUACAGUUGAGUCCACAGGAUACCUUACAGAUGCUUGGCAGAGCAGGUCGUCCACAGUUCGACACAGAAGGCUUGGGAACAAUCAUAACGACACAGAACGAGCUUCAGUUCUACCUCUCACUGUUGAACCAGCAACUACCAAUUGAAAGUCAGAUGAUCAGCAAAUUGGCAGACAACCUGAACGCUGAAAUUGUCCUGGGUAAUAUUCGCGACCGCACCGAAGGUGUCCAAUGGCUGGGUUAUACCUAUCUCUAUGUUCGAAUGCUUCGAUCACCUGGUUUGUACAGUGUUGGUGCUGAUUACGCAGAGGAUGAGGCAUUGGAGCAGAAACGUGUGGAUCUUAUACAUUCUGCUGCGACUGUACUGGAAAAAGCUGGCUUGGUUAGGUAUGACAAAAAGAUUGGAAAACUCCAGUCCACAGAGCUUGGACGUAUCGCGUCCCACUACUACAUCAGCCACAGCUCCAUGCAAACCUACAAUCACCAUCUUCAGCCAGGCAUCAGCACUGUUGAGUUGUUCCGGGUAUUUUCUCUCAGCGAGGAGUUCAAGUACAUUCCUGUCCGACAAGACGAGAAAUUGGAGCUUGCCAAGCUACUCGGUCGUGUGCCUGUUCCUGUUAAAGAAGGAAUUGAAGAACCUCAUGCGAAGAUUAAUGUCCUUCUCCAAGCUUACAUUUCCCGACUCAAGCUCGAAGGGCUUGCGUUGAUGGCAGACAUGGUGUAUGUCACUCAAUCUGCUGGCCGAAUUCUCCGCGCUAUCUUUGAAAUCUGCCUGAAGAAAGGCUGGUCAUCAGUUGCAAAGGUUGCAUUGAAUCUUUGCAAGAUGGCCGAGAAGCGCAUGUGGCCAACAAUGACCCCGUUGCGUCAAUUCCCGACAUGCCCUCGAGAUAUCAUGCAAAAGGCCGAGAGGAUCGAUGCUCCUUGGUCUAGUUACUUUGAUCUCGAUCCUCCACGAAUGGGCGAGCUUCUUGGUAUGCCCAAGGCCGGCCGUAUUGUCUGCGAUUUGGUCUCAAAAUUCCCGCGAUUGGAGGUUCAGGCACAAGUCCAACCGAUGACUCGAUCUCUCCUUCGUGUUGAGUUGACUAUCACACCCAACUUUGUCUGGGAUGAUGCUCUACACGGUACCGCAGAGAGCUUCUGGGUGAUUAUCGAAGAUUGCGACGGGGAGGAAAUCCUCUUCCAUGAUCAGUUUAUCUUGCGUAGAGAGUUCGCUCAGGGAGAAGUCACCGAUCAUAUCAUGGAGUUUACCGUUCCUAUCUCUGACCCGAUACCACCUCAUUACUUCUUGCAAAUCAUCUCCGACCGCUGGAUGCACUCUGAAACCAAGGUUGCUGUAUCCUUCCAGAAGUUGAUUCUCCCCGAGCGCUUUCCGCCUCAUACACCAUUGUUGGACAUUCAGCGAGUCCCUGUACAGGCUCUGAAACGUGAUGAUUUUAAGAGCCUAUACCCGAACUGGCAGACUUUCAAUCGUAUUCAAAGCCAAGCUUUCAAGAGCUUAUUCGAGUCAGAUGAAGCUGUUUUCCUUGCCGCUCCUGCAGGAAGUGGCAAGACAGUAUGCGCUGAAUUGGCCCUCCUUCGUCAUUGGUCGCAACCAAAUAAGGGACGCGCAGUGUACGUUGCCCCUUUCCAAGAGUUGAUCGAUUCGCGAUACAAUGACUGGUCGAAACGUCUCGGCUCGAUUGCAGGAGGAAAAACAAUUGUGAAACUCACCGGCGAGACUACAGCGGAUUUGAAGCUCUUGGACUCAGCGGACCUAGUUCUUGCAACACCGGUUCAAUGGGACGUCUUAUCACGACAAUGGCAAAGACGGAAAAACAUUCAAACAGUAGACCUGUUCAUCGCAGAUGAGCUGCAUAUGAUCGGAGGCUAUCUUGGAUACACUUACGAGAUUGUUGUGAGCCGGAUGCAAUUUAUCAAAUUACAGAUUGAGAGCGACUUGCGAAUAAUCGGUCUGAGUGUACCCCUGUCAAAUGCUCGUGAUAUUGGAGAAUGGAUCGGAGCAAACCGUCACUCGAUCUUGAACUUCAGUCCAAGCUCUCGACCUAUCCCGCUCGAUUUGCAUAUUCAGUCUUAUAACAUACCUCACUUUCCCUCUCUCAUGAUGGCUAUGGCGAAACCUGUAUACCACGCUAUUGCCAACCAAUUAUCUCCUGACAAGCCAGCCCUAGUCUUCGUUCCAAGCCGAAAGCAGGUCCGGUCAACAGCCGUGGAUAUUCUGGCGGCUUGUGCUGCUGAUGACAACGAAGAUCGUUUCUUGCAUGCUGACGUGGAGCAAAUCGCGCCUCUCUUGGAAAGAAUCCACGAAAGAACGUUAGCCGAGUCAAUCUCACAUGGAGUUGGCUACUACCACGAGGCAUUGAGUACCAAUGACAAGCGAAUUGUGUCCCACUUGUUCACUAUUGGCGCUAUUCAGGUUAUGUUGGCUUCCCGCGAUGUCUGCUGGGAGAUUGAUUUCACUGCUCAUCUGGUCAUUGUUAUGGGAACGCAGUUCUUCGAGGGUAGAGAGCACCGCUACAUCGACUAUCCGAUUAGUGAAAUACUUCAGAUGUUCGGUAAAGCCUCGCGACCCGGUCAAGACAAGAUCGGGCGCGGUCUCCUGAUGGUAGCUGAAACAAAAAGACCAUAUUACAGGAGGUUCCUCGCGGAAGCGCUACCACUGGAGUCUGGACUUUCCUCAGCACUUCAUGAUGCCUUCGUCACGGAAAUUAGCACUCAAACAAUCAGCUCAACCCAAGAUGCGGUGGAUUGGAUGACGUAUACAUACUUCUACCGCCGUCUCCUUGCCAAUCCCAGUUUCUAUGGUCUCACAGAUGUCAGUCACGAGGGAUUGAGUACAUUCUUGUCUGAACUGGUUGAGAGCACAUUGAAGGAGUUGUCGGAGGCGAAGAUCAUCGAACUCGAUGAAGAAGACGAUAGCAUUUCGCCAAUGAAUGCGGCGAUGAUUGCUGCAUACUACAACAUUUCCUUUAUCACUAUGCAGACAUUCCUCCUAUCCUUGUCGGCUCGCACGAAGCUUAAAGGUAUUUUGGAAAUCAUCACCUCUGCCACCGAGUUUGAAUCUAUCCAAAUGCGCCGACAUGAGGAUCACAUUCUAAGACGCGUCUACGACCGUGUCCCCGUCAAGAUGGCAGAGCCCGCUUACGACUCCCCUCACUUUAAGGCAUUUGUCCUCCUCCAAGCUCAUUUCUCUCGAAUGCAAUUGCCAAUCGAUCUUGCAAAGGACCAAGAGGUUAUUGUUGGCAAGGUUCUAAAUCUUCUCAGUGCUUGUGUUGAUGUUUUGUCAUCCGAAGGGCAUUUGAAUGCUAUGAACGCUAUGGAAAUGUCACAAAUGACUGUCCAAGCCAUGUGGGAUCGUGAUAGUCCUUUGAAACAGAUUCCUCACUUUACACCGGAAGUUAUCCAGGUGGCUAACGAAUUCAAGAUUAAUGACAUUUUCGAGUUCAUGGAGGCUAUGGACCCCUCCGAGAACAAAGACUAUGCUGCGUUCGUCAAGCGCCUUGGCUUGGAUAACAAACAGUUGUCUCAAGCUGCCAGCUUCACAAAUGACAAGUAUCCCAAUGUGGAGAUGGACUUUGAGGUUGAAGAUCCUGAUAGCAUUACGGCGGGCGAUCCGGCUUACCUCAAGAUCAAGGUGGAACGGGAUGUUGAGGAGGACGAGGAACCGGAUACCACAGUCCACGCACCAUUCUAUCCUGGAAAGAAAAUGGAGAAUUGGUGGUUGGUGGUCGGUGACGAGAAGACGAAGAGUCUCCUUGCGAUCAAGCGUGUCACUAUUGGUCGGAAAUUGGAGACGCGACUUGAAUAUAUCGUGCCCACUGCUGGCCAUCAUGAGUUGACACUGUAUCUCAUGAGCGAUAGCUAUGUGGGUGUUGACCAGGCGCCCACAUUCAAUGUGACUGCCGCUGAGGGAAUGGACGAGGACGAUAGUGAAGAGGAGUGA